CGCGUCGGUGCUCGCGCGCGCGCUCUCUUCCUCCGUCUCUUCUUUCUUCUUCAUCCUCUUCUCUGUAUAAGCAGCGACUCCUGGGACUUUUUUCCCCUCAUCUCCGUUAACGGCACGCGGGAGGCGCUGUGAGUGAAAAUGAAGUCCCUCAGCUGGUGCGUACCCUUCACCCUUCUCCUUGCAUCCCUCACCCUUCAUUCACAAAGUGCAGAGAAUCCCGGCAGGAAAAAUGCAAAGGAUCCUGAGGCACCGUCAUUUCAUGGAGGCAACUGGAGGAGGCAAGGUUCACGAGGUCUGUUUUCCCAUAAAUCUUUGCAGCCCGAAGAUGACGGAGUGGGACUGGAAAGUCUGAGCCCGGUCCGUCUGGAAGUGGGGCCUGGAGAUUGGGUUAGGGAAAGAAACAUAAGGCACAUGAGAGGGCCCAAGCAUCAUCAAGGUGGAGUGUUCCAGCGCAAAGGCAAGAAAAAUGGGCAAGUCGAGGGCAAGAAACAUGGACGCAAGGACAAAGCACAUGGCCAAGGGUUCUAUGACCCUAGCACUGGAUUUGGCUCUCCGAUGAGAGAUGUCGACGAAGUCUAUGCCCGCUUGUCCAAUCGUGAAGCUGCUGCACUGGCAGAAGGUCCCGCCUCCCGCAUGCCGGUAGCCACAGCAAUGCCUGAGCAUCCACCAACUCGAGCCCCGACCUCCACUAAACCACAGAAGGCAGGACAAGGAAACCCUCACGGUGAAGUGUUGCCUACUUUGGACAUGGCGCUUUUUGACUGGACAGAUUACGAGGACAUGAGGCCUGAGGACAGCUGGCCAUCAUCCAACAAGAAAAAAGACAAGCGGCGCAGCAAGAACAUGAGCAGUGGCAACGCGACCGUGGCUGCAGAUGAUGUUGAACCAUGUGACCAUCAUCUUGACUGCCUGCCUGGGUCCUGCUGUGAUCUCAGACAUCACGAGUGCAGCCCACAUAACCGUGGUCUGAACAACAAGUGCUACGAUGACUGCAUGUGUAAAGAAGGUCUUCGGUGCUACGCCAAAUUCCACCGCAAGAGAAGGGUGACCCGGAAACGUGGCCGAUGCGUGGAACCCGAAUCGGCCAACAACGACCAAGGAGCCUUUAUAACGAUCUGAUGAGAGAGAUGGACAGACAGAUAGAUAGAUAGAGAGCGAGAAAGAGAGUGAGAAAGAGAGCGAGAGUGAGAGAGAGAGAGAGAGAGAGAGAGAAUGAAAAACGGAUCAUGACCCUACAACCCUGUACCUCCUUCUAAAGACUUCAGAUGGACUAAACCUGAAUUAAAAAGUUUAGCGAGUCAAAAAAAUUAAUCUGGCCGACUAAAAAAAAAAAACAAACAAAAAAAAAAAAUUUAUCUGGUGUGUUAAAAUGCACCAUGUAACCAAUGUCACUCUGUACAGAUGAUUUUGUGUCUCAACUGGACAGGAAUUUUUUUUUUUUAACUGAGAAUGCUGAAAACAUUGCUGUAAUAAUCGUGUGGUGGAUUUUUUUCUUUUUUUUUUUUUUGUUUACUUUGUAUGAUUUAUUAUUUAUCCUGCACCUAUUUGACAUUGUAAAAUAUCAAGUACCCAUUUGUUGAGUUCAGAACAAGGUAAUAUUUCUCAUAAUAAAAUGAUUAUAAAAUAAUUAUUUGAAUAUUUCAACCUUUUGAAAACAUUUGAAUUGAUUUCAUGAAAUUAAUUAAUCUAAUUUCACGAGCAAAAAUGCUGCAUUUAUUUUUUAGGAAAUAAAUGCCUGAAUAAAGUAGGAAAAAAUUAAUAAUAUUAAGAUACAUGGCAUAAACUGAUCGAUGUUCAUUGUAUGUUUUCUUUUUGUCAAAAUAUACUGCAUUGUAGGAAAUAGAGACCGGUGUAUAGAAGGAUAGAUGCAUCAUUUUCUUUUUCCUUCAGUAUUAUGGUUUGGGUUUGCCUUCUUGGCCUUAUUUUUAAAUGCAGGGCUUUUUUUUUUUUUAGGUGACCAUCUGGACAUUAUUUGGUCUGUUGAAUACAGCUCAAACGUAUUUUGUGUGUUU